CACCGGCUUCAGCGUGUCUACCACUGGGUCCAUCGAUCCAUUCAUCCUUUCUCGAAGAGAGUCUCUGCCAGAAACUGUACCCCGCAGACAGAGUCAGAAGCUCAUCGCCUAUAAUGCUAUCGGAAUCCGAGGAGCCAGAUAACUCAGCGCUCCAUUGCCGCGUGGCCCUAGAGGAGCUGAGCCCUGGCGGACAACCCAGGAGGCGGCAGGCCAUCAAGGAUGCUGAGCUCAGCUUAGGCCGAAAUGAGCGGAGGGAGUUGAUGCUACGCCUUCAGGGGACAGGUCGGUCCCGCUGCUUCCCACUUCGUAGUGCCAGACUUUUUACCCGAUUUGCAGCUGUUGGCCGAAGUGCCCUUCGGCUCAGCCCUGACUCUGACUCUGGCCUUAGCUCAGGUCCCGUCCAGCUACUGCUGUCUGACUGCCCACCAGACAGGCUGCGGCGAUUCCUGCGCACCCUGCGCCUUAAAUUGGCCACAGCCCCUGGCCCUGGGCCAGCCCCUUUCCGAUCCCGGCUGCUUGGCCCCAGACCUCAGAACUUCUAUACCAUCAGUCCUAUCCAAUCAGAGAACCUGAAACCAGUGUCGGCCACUGGAACUCAAGACACAACCCCUGUGAAGAGGCCAUGUCCGCAGGACAAAGACCAGUCUGGCAAGGCAUCUUCUACCAAGAGCACAGUGCCUAGGCAUCGGCUCCAGCUUCCCUCCCCCAAGCCCCAGCUGUCUCAGGAGCAGGCCCAGGUGCUGAGCGCUGUGCUAGGGGGCAAGAGCAUCUUCUUCACUGGAAGUGCAGGGACAGGAAAAUCAUACCUGCUGAAGAGGAUCCUUGGCUCCCUUCCCCCAAAGGGCACAGUGGUCACAGCCAGCACUGGAGUGGCCGCCUGCCACAUUGGGGGUACCACCCUUCAUGCCUUUGCAGGAAUUGGUUCAGGAAAGGCCCCUCUUGCCCAGUGUGUAGCUCUGGCACAGAGACCCAGUGUACGGCAGAGUUGGGUGAGCUGUCAGCGGCUUGUCAUCGAUGAAGUCUCCAUGGUAGAGGCAAGUCUGUUUGACAAGCUGGAAGCAGUAGCCAGAGCUGUUAGACAGCAGGACAAGCCCUUUGGGGGGAUUCAGCUCAUUAUCUGUGGAGACUUCCUGCAGCUGCCGCCAGUGACCAAGAACAACCAGCCCCCCCAAUUCUGCUUCCAGGCAAAAAGCUGGAGAAAAUGUAUCCAGUUGACCAUGGAGCUGACUGAGGUGUGGAGACAGACAGACCAGACUUUCAUCUCACUGCUACAGGCUGUUCGGCUAGGCAGGUGCACAGAUGAGGUGACCCAGCAGCUAAAGGCCACAGCCAAACACAAAGUGGAGCGUGAUGGGAUCCUGGCCACCAGACUGUGUACCCACCAGGAUGAUGUGGCAUUGACCAAUGAGCGGCGGCUGCAGCUGCUGCGUGGCCAAGUCUACAGCUAUGAAGCUAUAGAUAGUGACCCUGACAUGGUCAGGACCCUCGAUUCUCAGUGUCCAGUGAGUCGCCUCCUGCAGCUAAAGCUGGGGGCCCAGGUGAUGCUGGUGAAGAACUUGGCAGUAUCUCAGGGCCUGGUAAAUGGAGCACGAGGGGUCGUGGUUGGAUUUGAAGAUGGUAGAGGGCUUCCCAGAGUGAAAUUCCUAUGUGGAGUCACAGAGGUUGUACGGACUGAGCAAUGGACUGUGCAUGGCCCUGGUGGUCAGCUCCUCACCAGGCAACAGCUGCCCCUCCGGUUAGCCUGGGCUCUAUCCAUUCACAAGAGUCAGGGCAUGACUCUUGACUGUGUGGAGAUUUCACUGGCCCGAGUGUUUGAGAGUGGCCAGGCCUACGUGGCCCUCUCACGGGCCCGAAGUCUACAGGGUUUGCGAGUGCUGGAUUUUGACCCCUCUGUGGUGCGGUGUGAUCCUCGGGUGCUGAAGUUCUAUGCCUCUCUACGGGAGCAGGCUUAUCUGAAUGAGGAUGAAAAGGAUUCAGAACAGGAGAAUGUGGAUCCUGACAACUGAGUCCCAGCCCCCAAAAGGGCAGAAAUUCCUAACUCUCACACUAUCUGUGCAACCUUGAACACAGCACUUAACCUCCAGGUCUCAGCUUCCUCAUACAUAAAAUGAAGGGGGAUGGACUCAAGGGCCUCUGAGUUCCCCUUCAGCCCUAGAUCUUUGAUAGUGUGGGAACUGUAUGUGUCUAUCCCUUUCAUUCUCAGCGUGAGGGUCUGUGUGAACUUCUCCCAGAUAUCCUCCCUCUUCCGUUCAUCUCUGGGCCAGGGGAUUUUGUCUUCUACUACCUCAACCUUCCCUCUGAGCAGGGUGGAACCCUUACCCUACUUCCUUGGCUACUAGAGCAUGGACUUUGGUCCUGUAUCCAUCAUCUUCGUCUUCCAAUAAGAGGUCACACCUUUCUAUGGGAAGGUUAUGAUCUUUUCACUUCCAUAGUUCCCAGGAAGGGCUGGGAGCUGAGGGAAAGGUUCUCUUUCCCUUGUGGACUGACUCAACUUCUUCUUUCUUACUCACUCCAACAGCCACAAAUAAGCUCCAGUUCAAAGGUUUUUAACCUGGGGUCCAGGAACUUGUUUUUAAAAAUAUGUAAAUACACACACACACACACAC